GCUACCAUGGCGGACAAAAUACAGAAGAUGACGAGUCCGGCGGGUGUAAAACCCGUCCCAAUGAAGCUUUUUGCCACGUGGGAAGUGGAUAGGACAGCCCCAAAUUGUAUACCAAGGUUAUGCACACUAAACUUGACGAGACUGCAGGUUUUGAAGCAACUGGACACAGACAUUACAUCUAUCAUUGUUUCGGUGAAGAUGCAGAGUUCAAAGCGAGUGUUGCGGUCCAAUGAGAUUACCCUACCACCAGGUGGCAUCAUUGACACAGAACUUGACCUGUCUUUCUCGUUGCAGUAUCCACACUUUCUGAAGCGGGAGGGCAACGUGUUGCAAAUAAUGCUGCAGCGGCGGAAGCGAUACAAAAACCGAACGAUCCUCGGCUUCAAAACGCUCGCCAUCGGUAUCGUCAACAUGGCCCAGGUUCUGCAGCGUCACAUGGACAGGGAACUGGACCUUUUCAGUGCUGGAAACUCAAAAGAGAAGGACGAACUCGUUGCCAAGGUGAUGAUGCUGUCGCUAAGCAGUCAGCCGGUGGAGCAGGAGGACACACUUCCGCUGCGCAAGAAGCAAGUGUCAGAGACAGAUGGCUACUCAGACCUGGAGGAGGGAUGGACUCGUCGCCGGCGAGGGCCGCACAUCACCAUUGGCAAUACACAGCCUACAGUGCUGUCUCCACUAUGUCACGCACCUAAACCUAGUCUCCGACCAUUCUUCUCGGCACGAUCGAGCUCGCACGACAUCCUGACCAUCCCCGAGAUGAGACAGCGCUACAGUCAGCACGUCAGCGAUGACAGCUCACGCAAGGGUGACUCCGACAACCAGGAGAUGUUGACCGACGACCACGAGGGCUCGGACAGUCAGCUGGUUGGAUCGCCUGCCGACAGCAGAAUUGCGGAGCGCGGCGACGUCAGCGGCUCCGGUAGCGGCGAGUCGUCCGUCAAGAAGUCCGACAGCCUGAAAAAGUCGCGAAUGUCGCCGCCGCCGAAGCCAAAGUUCUUUGCGCGCGACAACAAGUCGUCGCUGAAGGAGUCGAAGGAGAAGCGGCUCUCGAAGGAGUUCACGUGCAAGCUGCCGCUGGAGAGGAAGAACAGCGGAGGAGUCGGGGACCAAACGCCACGUAAAGCUUUGCUAGAGCAGCUGGGCGUCCUGCUGGGGUCUGAAGAUAUCAUGCUUGAUUCUGCGGUCCUAGUUGACACGUCGGAGAAACACGGCCAGCUAUUUGCUCACAAGGUCCAUGAGUUGACCAAUCACAGAGUGGUUUCCACGAUGACGAGUGGCGACGUUAAGGCCAUACUCUCACAUCUGGUCAACAAAAUUCAAAAAUUUUGCAACACAAAUAGUCGGACGCCGUCGCCCAUCAAAAUUGUGAUUGCCGGCAGUGAUCGCUACGUUAACACAGUUUUGCAACCAUUCGUCGAACAGUUCUCAGCGAAGCCUCCUGAUUGGCAAGGCUAUGUUCGUUUUCUAGUCAUACCUAUAGGUCCUAAUGUGUGCCUGGCCAAAUACCUCGGCAGCAUAGACAGCACAUAUCACUCAUUAUUCCUCGACGGAUUGUGGCGAGAUGCCUUCGAAAAAUCCGAGAACCACAAACCAGAUUCCCUGUAUCAGGAGCUUGCCAACAGAGUGUCACGCUAUCUGACUGGUGCGUCGGCGGUGUUACAGCUACCAAUCGCAGAGGCGAUGGUCACGUGUAAGGAGAAGGGUUCCGAAGAGGAUUCCUCCCAGUCAUUCACACCUUUCAUCACCGACGUGAAGAUCAGCAGCCUGGAGUGCGGCGGCGGCGGCGCGGCGGCAGGCUACACGUCGACGUCCGUAGAUCUGACGCUGGAGGACUCGCCGACGGCUCCGCUCGUCUCCGGCUCUCCUCCCCUCUCUAGUCACCUGCUCGACAAGCCGCAGAAGGAGGCGACGACGCCACCCGGCUCUCCCAAUGUCAGCCUCUCCUCCAGCUUGAACAGCAGGGAUUCACAAGGUAUGCAGAGCAAUGCAGAGCUCGACCUACAGGUGGAGUACUGGUUGUCUCCGACCGUCGCCUGCAAGGACCCUCCGAGCGGCCGCGAGAAGAAGGACGCUAGCGGGAAGUUAUCGAUGAAGUCGACGUUCCGGUCGCUGACGGUGCUGAAGCUGCCAUCGUGCGGAGAGUUGGCAACCGGCGCAGUCUCCGCACUCACGAUGAUGUUCAUCACCAAAGAGAAGAAACAGAAAAUUAUGAGAAUUGGGAAAAAGUCCAAAGAGAAGGAUACAGAAACGAGACAAACUGUAGAAGGAAUACAGCGACUUAUAUGUAUGGGAAAGUCAUCCAACUACCCACUUAAAGUGGCAAUUGAUGGCGUUGAAUGGUCAAACGUCAAGUUCUUCCAGCUAUCAGCCCAGUGGCAGACGCACACGAAACACUUUCCCAUUGCAGUAUUCAGCCAGGCAGAGACAACCUGCUAACACUAGGCUGCGUUAUCUAGACAAAAAUGCGUUUGCCUACCGUCUAAAAGAACGGACCUUGGAAGCGGUACAGUCAUCAGGGGCUCAACCUGGUGGCCGAAUUCAGUAAUUAAUGGCUGCCGUUACUCUGAAGUCCCUGGUGACAAGUUUGAAUGUGGAUGACAAAAAUGUGAAAUACUCGGUGGUGAAUGUUUUAUGUAGUGUUGUAAUACAUUUCUAGUUGGCAGGUGUUGCCAGACUCCAUUCUACAGUAUUUAAUGCAUAAUGCAUAUAUACUUGGUGUUCAAGUAAGUAUUCAUGUGCUAUCGUGGUGAUAAUAAUAGUAUAUACUGCUUAUGAAGAUAUGUUGCUAUUAAUGAUAAGUGCCGAGCAAAGCUAAAGGUCCAGAGUUGUAUCCUCACUAAAUUAUUUUAUGAUACCAACUUGCCAAGGUACCAGGUAUUGCUUUUAUAGUCUUAUCUGUUCCGAGCUUGCUAGGAGAAAUUGGUUUAACUAUGCUUUGAGUAUAGGCCUCAUAAAAGCCUGACUUGGAUAUAUGGCCUAGCAUGUUGUGAUGUGACGUUGCUGUCUGUUUGUGUUAUCAAACUUGAUGUUGUGGAGUAACGUUUAGCAGGCCUUGGGAGUAUACGUAGGCCUACAGAGUUGGCCGUAAGUUAUCAGGUUGAAAGCAGCACAUUGUUCUUGGAAGGUACUCGAACAAGUGCCAAUAUAGUAAAGACCAUUUCCUGUCUUGUCUCAUGCUUUGAGGAGUAGAUCCUGCCACAAGGAGAGCAAGGAGAAUGAAAAAGAUGUGUGCUUCCAUGAAUGUUGCGCCAUUGUUUCUCUUGUAGUCUAACAAGUUUACAGACAGUGGUGCCGCAUGUCUAACGCUAAAUACUAUUAAAUUUGUGAUUCUGGGUAUUGGGUUGGAGUUAGCUAUCACCGUCUUAGUUGAUAGCCUUGCCAGUGUUGUUGCAAUGUGGAGCAGUGAACUUGGAGUUUGUGUAACUUUAUGUACGGCUUCUGAAUUCUAUGUUUCUUCAUACCGUACGGUAUUGUAUGCCAAUUGUGCAUUAAACAUUUGAAACCUGGUAAUUAUUGACAGUUUGGCCAUAAUACUUACGCAGGUUUCAAGUAAGCAGGUUAUAUUUUUAUCACUAUCAGGCAAAUAUCUACCCACCUAUAUUAUAUGACUGGUUUACAACAUCAGUAUAGCUUAUGUUGAGCUUGUAAUCAUUUCGUCCUAGGUAAAAUACUCUACUUUUGUACGUUUGAACCAGUUAAGAUAAGGGUGGGAACCAAAACAAGCUAAUUUGCAAGAUUAAUAUGUGCUGCUACGUGCAUGACAGUACCUUUACGCAGAUACACAUAAAUAGCGUACCCACGCAACGCAGAUGUUUGCAAGUGUCCCGCGUCAUUGCAGCGCCUCGGUGUCACAUGUGUGAAACUGUGCAAUCACUGGGAACAACCGCAUCCUUUUUUUACAACUGAAUAGUUUAUGCAUGGACGAACGUAUUGGUGUAUACAGUAGUGUAUGCACUAAGUAAUCCUCGGAUGAAAAUCUUUCUGGGUGCAGCUGAAGUUUUAAAUAUUGCUUUAAAAUAAUAUUAUAUUAAUAACACUGUUAAUCAUUAUAAUUAAGGAGUCUUAUUCUCAUCAUAUCAGGUGGUUCUUUGGACAGUAAUUACAAUGUAUACAUGAUAUAGAACGGUUUGAGAGCUAUGUAGAAGGGCGUCAAUUUAUAGGACGUGGCAAAGAAACUUCAAUUGAACAUAUUCCUCACGCCACCAUUAUCUAUUGCAAUAGUGGCUGUGCUUCCAUUUAAUAAUGGAUAUGUUAGGGUUAGAAAAUGCUUUCAAGUAUAGAAAGCAUACAUGUAAGUAAUACAGCACGAUUUAUUUUUAAUGGAUACGUCCCUACAGCCAUUGAAAAAAUGUCUGAGGUUUUAAAAUUUAUUCACUAUUAGAAGGCAUGCUGUAACUUUGAAACCAUAGUGUGCGCAUUAUAUUCAGUUACACACCGUCACCAUCCAAGUUUCUAAACCCUCCACUGUCUUUAUAGGAGCUGGCACCGAUACUUUGACAGACAAACUAGCCGUUUUGUUGUAUAUUAUUUAGAUGCUCUAUGUCAAGUUGUACAGAUUAUAUAUCACUAUAAUAACGUCAUGGUGUAAUGUUAUGUUGUGUUAUUGUACAAGUUUUGUGUUACUGUAUAAUUCCCAUAAAUGCUUUUUGUAAGAAAAAUGCAACCAGUUGAAAAGUUGGUUGUUGCGUUAGCAGUAAACUGUAGUAGCUAAGCUAUGUUGAAAUGUUAGUAAUGUAAAAAUGUAUAAAUUAUAAACUAUAAACAA